GUCAUAAGCCCCUUCCAAGGGCUUUUCCUUCCAGCUCUAGGGGGGGUGCCAAAGGCAGCCCAGGGCUGAGGAAUGAGGCCUGGGUGGCCGCCUGCAGCCCCCACUGGAAUCUUCCCUGCCCCUCCCUCCCAGAUUAACCGAAACCUGCUAAUUGUGGCUGCCCUCUGCACGCUCCCCUCCCCCACCGCGUAUUUCUACCUCCCUUGGCCUCCCCUCCCCUCCCCCUUCCAUCCGAAUGAUAAAGGGCUUGGCCCGCCAGCCCCCGCCUGGCCUCAGGCCCCAGCUCUUCCUCACCACACUGCCCCAGUGCCCUGCGCCCACCACCCGGCCGGACCCCUGCCCACGUGGCCUGCUUCCUCUGCAUGGGGCCCUGCAGCAACCCCCGCCUGGGGCUCCCCGGGGGAGAGUCGCCCUCCCAGCCCCCCCAGAGGAGGAAGAAGAGAUACCUGCGGCAUGACAAGCCCCCCUACACCUACUUGGCCAUGAUCGCCCUGGUGAUCCAGGCCGCACCCUCCCGCAGGCUGAAGCUGGCCCAGAUCAUCCGUCAGGUCCAGGCCGUGUUCCCCUUCUUCAGGGACGAUUACGAGGGCUGGAAAGACUCCAUCCGCCACAACCUCUCCUCCAACCGAUGCUUCCGCAAGGUGCCCAAAGAUCCCGCGAAGCCCCAGGCCAAGGGCAACUUCUGGGCGGUCGACGUGAGCCUGAUCCCAGCCGAGGCGCUGCGGCUGCAGAACACGGCCCUGUGCAGGCGCUGGCAGAGCAGGGGUGCGAGGGGAGCCUUCGCCAAGGACCUGGGCCCCUAUGUGCUGCAUGGCCGGCCCUACCGGCCGCCCAGUCCCCAGCCGCCGCCCCGCGAGGGCUUCAGCAUAAAGUCUCUGCUAGGGGACUCCGGGGAGGGGGCGCCGCCGAGCAGCCCAAGUCGGUCAGGCUCAGUUCGCAUAGGGGAGGAAGAGGCACCCACUCCAGUCCCCCACUCUGAGAGGCCUCUGUGGCCCAUCUGCCCCCUCCCAGGGUCCCUGAGAGCAGAAGGGGAGACUUCCCAGGGGAGAAACAGCAGGCCCUCGCCCCUCUCCCCUGAACCCAGAGCCUGGCCCCUCCACUUACUGCAGGGUACCCCAGGCCCUGGGGGACUCCCUGGUGGAAGCCACAGGGCCUCGCUUUGGGGGCAGCUACCUACCUCCUACUUGCCCGUUUACACUCCCAACGUGGUGAUGCCAUUUGCCCCACUGCCACCCACCUCCUGCCCCCGAUGCCCCCCCUCAACCAGCACAGGCUAUUGGGGGGUGGUCCCUGAAACCCAUGGCCCCCCAAGGCUGCUCUGGGAUCUAGACGCCCUCUUCCAGGGGGUGCCACCCAACAAAAGCAUCUAUGAUGCGUGGGUUAGCCACCCCCGAGACCUGGCUGCCCCUACCCCAGGCUGGCUACUCUCCUGGUACAGCCUGUGAGGCUCCCAGGGCAGGGGCUGCUUUCCUCUCCCACCCUCUCCUGCCACCCUUAGGCCUGUUGAGGGGAAACCAAGGUAUGUGUGGCUCCGCCUUGAGACACGAGGUACCAGCCGUGCUGAGAGUCCGUGUGUUUAUUGGACACUGCAGGAGAGCUGUGGCCCAACUGGGCACCACCGCAGCCCUGAUGGUCAGUCAGGCCUCUUACCCACAGAGGCAAGGCUGGAAGGAGCAGGGCUCUGCUGGAAGUAGCCCUUCCUGGUCCCACCUUCUCCAGCCCUCUGUCCAUGUAUCUAUCCAUCCAUCCAUCCAUCACCAUCUGUCACUUCCCCUCCCUGGCUCCGGGCUGGGGGAGGGAAGACCUGAUGACCGCCCCAGCAGCUCCAUCCCUAAAUCCUGUCCCCCCUCCACUGUUGCCUGGCAAGGAGGUAGCACCUUUGGGGGGAGGGGACGGAGAAUGGAGACCCUACCUGGUUGUGGUGGUGGUAGUGGGGAAGAUAACAGUAAAGGAACAAACGACAUUUUCAUGCAAGUCUGAUGUUUGGUGAUGGGGUAGUGAGUCUGGUGGCCACUUGGCCGGGGUCUGCCUCCGCGGCUCUGGGAUCCCCUGCUGUGCGCCGCGAUAACAGCAGAUGGU